ACACUGCAAAACAAGAAGAAGAGCAAAAUCUAAAAAUGAGCGCACGAAAGAAAACCUGGGCCAGGAGCGCCUUCAGCGAGAUGAGCCUUUCGGUCAGUCCAGCCACCACAGAAGCCACUCCCGUCAAGCGGAGCAGAACUUCAUCCUAUACGACAACAACAACCCGAGUUUCCAGGUCUCAAACUGGAAAAUCGACGCCAACAGCAAAACCCUUGGUGGAGGAGGACUCCGUGGAUCUGACUGUUCUCUCUGAUAAGGAGGAGGAUUCCCAGGGACCCCCACCGGAAGUCAAGGAAAACUGGAUGGACAGCUUUGCUCCAACAACCAGCGAGGACUUGGCAGUUCAUCCCAAAAAGAUUGCAGAACUUCGCGAUUGGCUGCGACACUGCGUAGCCGUUGGCAAAAAGUUCCCCGCCCAAAUGUGUCUGCUCACGGGACCCACAGGCGCCGGCAAGACAGCCACGCUGCGUGUCCUGGCCAAGGAGUUCGGCUACCAGGUGCAGGAAUGGAUCAAUCCCGUCGACUGUGAGGUGGUCAAUGCUUUGGGUGAUCAAGUCAGCGGCAAUGCCUAUGUGGGUUCACACUUGGAGGCUUUCAAGAGCUUUCUGCUGCGCGCCUCGCGGUAUAAAUCGCUGCUGGAAUCUCAGAAUAAGAGACUGCUGCUUGUAGAGGACUUUCCCAAUGUUUUGCUUGACGAGAAACAGGAUGUCAACUUUGAGGAGUUGCUGGAUGAAUACUCUUCGUAUGGCAAAUCCCCCUUGGUGUUCAUUGUGGCCGAUUCCAAGUCUCGUGGCCUGAACAUCAGCUACCGUCUGUUUCCGGACCAACUAAAGGCAAAACAUCGCAUAGAGCACAUUAGCUUUAAUGCCAUUGCCUCUACGAUUAUGCAAAAGUCUAUGAAAGCCUUCUGUUCCGUGAUGCAGCAGCCGCAGAACAAGGCCCUGUACAAGCUACCCUCGUCCUCUGUUGUGGACUCAAUAGUUGUGGGCGCCCAGGGUGAUGUACGUAAUGCGCUGAUCAAUCUGCAUCUCAGCUCCUUGAAGGGCGUGGCCAAUAUGCCCACCAAGAAACUUGACAUAAGCGUGGCCAGCAAGGGUCGCAAGAAGAAGGCCACGCAGAGUACCCUAAAAUCGAUUGGAAGAGAUGAAUCCAUUACCCUGAUGCAUGCCUUGGGUCGCGUUCUCAAUCCCAAGUUUAAUGAUCAGAAAAUGCUGCUGCACAGCCCCGAGGAAUUAACCGAAUCCUUUAGCACGGAGCCCAGAAACUUUGUUAACUUUGUGCAUGCCAAUUAUCUGCCACAUUUCAAGGACAUCGAGGAGGUGGUAUCUGCCAUAGAUGACUUGGGCCUGGCCGAUGCCCUGCUCAACGAGUAUCGUGAAGGUGCUGUGAGUGUAACGGGUUUGAAUAUUGCCAUUCGUGGUGUAAUGCUGGCCAACAGUGCCCCUGUCAGCGGUUGGAUGCCAGUCAAGGGGCCAAAGCGUAUAAACAUCAAGUCGCUGGCCACUUUGGCGGAACAGAAACUGGUCGGUGUGGGAUAUGCUGGCAUUUCCAGGACACACUAUGCCACUGAAUACAGUUCGUUUGUGAAAAGCAUAGCCAGCAGGCUUUCGGAGGUUAAUUCAAGCCAAAGUAUGGAAUUAAAUUAGAAAAAAUUAAAUAUAAAAAAUUUGCUGAAAGUGUAUUUAAAGAGAGUGAUCUUAGAAUUAAGAGUAAACCUUCAAGAAACAACAAUCAUAAUUCACGAUUCAACAUUUUAUUAACCUA